AUGGAAUUCGGGAAUUUACUACAUACCAUUCGGAAAACUGCAAUGUUUAGAAUGAUCAUUUUGUUCAUGUCUCUUCUUGUUCCGGUAACCACGAUGAGCGUUCGAUGCGUCAGAUCGGUCGAGCAAUCAUUUACAGCAGUUUACAAUAAAGGGGAUAAGUUUGCCACCAGCCAUUUCAUGGCUUUGAAGGAGAUUGAAUCGGCAUCAAAAAAUAGUAAUAGCGCAAAUAUGGAGUCUUUCGACCUGACUAGUAAGCACGACGACUAUACUCUGACUCUCAAAAAGUACUACAUCAAGUAUCCGUACCAAAUACACAAUGUCUUCAAGGAGCUUACUAUAACGCAUAAGGGAAAGAAGAUCAGACAAUGCUCUGCUGGAACCAAGCGACUAUGA